CCUAUCUCCACUACGACAACGACAUCCCAAGUCUCCUUUACCCCCACGUUAAAGGAUAUGUUGACAAGUAAAAACAACGUCGUAGUCGAGGCAUGGAACACAACCACAACGCAAACGCAGAUGCAAACGCCGCACAGACCGUCACUGUUACACCCAACUUUCUAUUGGAGUUAUAACUGCGAAGUGCUUUUCCAUGGAUGGCCUGGCUCUAGCCGUUCGAUGUAUGCUCUUGCACUUCUAUUUGUCUUCUCUUUGGCGUUCUUAGCUGAGUGGUUUACUCGGUGCUCUGACGCUGCGGCUUCCAUCAAACCUGAGGCUGAUAAGGUCGCCAAGGUGGCCUUUCGUACGGCUAUGUAUGCGGUCAAGUCUGGCUUCAGCUACCUUGUGAUCUUAGCCGUUGUUUCGUUCAAUGGUGGCGUUUUCAUCUCGGCUAUUUUGGGGCAUGCUUUUGGUUUUGUCGUUUUUCGUGGCCGGGCGUUUCGUAAGGUGGGUCGGGUCGACGGGUAAGAAUCGGGAUAUCCAGCAUUUUUUGGGUUUUAACCGAGCCCAACGUGAAGUCUGAAGUCGUUCGUUUCUUUAUUUGAUUUGAUUUGUGUGUUCUUUCCAACGAAUGAGAGAGAGUUGUUUUAUGAUACAAAGUUGAAUUUGGUGAGUGGCCCGUUUGUUAUUUAGUUUUCAUUUGAUUUAUUUUGUGAUAAUUCAACGAAUUACACAUAACUCAAUAAUGCUUUUCGUGGAAUGUAUAUGUAUUAUCAACACCCAUUUCAAAUAAGUCAUAUACUAGAUCUCGACCCGCACAACCGUGCGGGUAUAUUAAUACGAAAAUAUUUGAAAUUAUAUAAUACCCACUUCGUUUUAAAUAGAUAAUGUUUUAAAACAUUUAUUUUAUUUCAAAAUAUAAGAUGUUUUGAGAUUUCAAGGUAUAUUUUGAGGUUUUAAAGUUAUCUUUAACUUUAUUGGAAACUGUUCAGCCGAUAA